UGGUGAUCUUAUUUUAGACAGUCAAGCCAAAGUCAUGUACAACAUCACAGAGAAAGAUUGUUAUGGGGAAAGAAGUAAGCUGGCAUGUUGACUCUUCUUUUCGUAUUGUGUAUAUACCUGUAGAAAUCACGAAUUGAAUUGUAUAUCCACGCACAGCGGCGGAAAUUCACUUUUUCCGGGGUGGGGAGCAAAGCCUCCUAAAUUUCUGACAAAACUUUCAAAUUUCCGACAUACCCCCAUUUGCACUCGAAAAGACUGUUAUUUAGCCCUCUUUUAGGUCAAAAUUUCCGACAAUUCAUCAAUUUUCCGUGAAGGGGGGGGGGCAGGGCGGCCGCCUCCUGCCCCCUCCCCCAAGAUUUCCGCCACUGUCCACGCAAAUUUUUUUUACAUGAUAAAUCACUAAAAAAACUUUUCCCACUAAUUAAAACAUACAAUGUGAGAUGUUUCGAGCGAGUGAGUUAAAAAUGGAAACGAAAUAAUAAAUAGAGAAUAAUGAAUGACAGCCUCAUGUAGCAAAUAUUUCUAAAAUACUCAUUCAUAAUUCAUUAACCUAGUUGGGGUGACUUUAUAUCUGACAAAAUGUGGAAUUGUUAAUUGUUCAUCCCAAUUAGUAUUCUUAUAUAGAGAACACUAGAGAGACUGCAUUUUUGUAGUCGUAUUUUAAGCUAUUCAAAACAUUCGUUGUUGUGUCUUAUCAGACAUUGAGCGCACGGUAACAUACUCCUACUCGUAUUUUAAAUAGUAUAUAAGGUACUGACCAAGAGUGCGUGAGGGCUGUACGGGAAAAUUUCAAAUAAAUGGGCGUUCACGCAGCUUCCACGAAUACUAUUUUUUUAACAUUCCUUUUCCGGGAGUUUUUUUUUCUUCCUUGCCCAUCACUUUUCCAAUGAACCGCCCCCUUAAGAAUCAAAAUGCUGCAUGUGUUACUGAAUUAAAGAAGGGUUUUGUAUUGAUGGAAAUUUCGAUUGUGAAUUUUAUACAUUUUUCUAGUUCUAACUAGGAGCAGUUGCAAAAAUAAACUAUAGACCUUAUACCAUUGAGGCAAGAAUCCUGAAUAUUAUUUCAACAUAAAAUAAAAAAAGGCAAGAAACUCAGCAGCGACAAAUUGCUUUUCUUUAUGCUGGUUAAUUUAAUUAAUUAAACUAUGAAAUUCACUUUCGAAAUAAACCUAUAAAUCUGUGGGUAAUUUAAGUGCGUUUUAUUUUGAACAUUAUUUUUAAACUCAUCCUGCCAAACAUCCAAAUUGAAUUCGCAUGUUCAAAUUGCAAAAAAGAUUGCCUACGUUAGCCCAAUUAAAACAUGUAUAAAAUUUCACCUUUCAACAUGCUUGAUUUGGAAGUUUUUCAAGCGCAACAAUCUCGUAUUACUUGGGUUUUUUUCAGUUUUGAUUAUUUUUUUAAAAAUUUAUAUAAAUCAUGUUGCAAGCAUACAUACUGUGGAUCUGUUUCUUUGUUGGGAAAUAGAUGCAUGUGUAUUCCUCCAGGCUGUUCAGAAUUUGUGUAAUAAUCUAAGUUAGAACUGCCAGAAAACGGCCUUGGUCUCCGCGUUUGUAGGUUUUACUAUAAUUUUAUUACGUCACGAUGAAUUUGUGUUCAUCUUAUGACGUCAAAUGGCAUCAACAUGGCCAAUCAAAAGUUCGCACGGGAAGUGCCAAAAAUGGCCACUUUGGAAGGCUAUAAAAACUGUUUGAAUUGACCAAUUUCAAUUCUGUUUGUGGUAAACAGGUAAGGAAGGAAAGCACUUUUGAUUAAGCUAAAAAAAUGGGGAUCAAAUAACUCGCUACAGUUAGUCGAGGACCUGUAUAUGAGUUUGUAUGCAUUUCAUUUAGGACAGAUAAUUUCAACAGUUUUGGGGUAAGUUGACCAUGGCGGUCAACAUGGUGACGCUGCCCGAGCCCCAAUCCGGGACGAUAUGUCCGAAACUGACCACAUCCAAAAACGAUGCUUUCGCCAUUGUACUAUCUACCAAACUAUACAAGCUUUGGCUAUCCUGAAGUGCUUAUAUGGUUCAGAAAUGGUGCUUUUAGGGGUGGUUAUUGGUAAGUGUGAAAUGUCUAGCACUGAUAUUUUACAAGAAAAUGACCAUGCAAUAUUCAUAGUCAAACGUUAAUUUGUGGCUUACAACUUCAAAUAAACAGCAGUAGACCUACAUUACCCUUUUUCCUAAAUCUUUUCGAUAGAAACAUAAUUAGCGCUUAUUUAAUUAUAUUAUCACUGUUUUGGUGUAAAAUGGUUAAUAUUUUGUGACCGAAAUAAUAAUUUCAAAUGUACCUACCUCCUGCAAAUGAACGUAUUUGACCAAAUUGUCCACUUUACUCCGCUGUUUAUCGCAGAUCUCGUUGAAAUCCUUCGAAAUAUGCAAUUCAGCUCAAACAUAAUGUUAUCAAGCACAUUUUAUUAAACAAGUUUUGAUAUAAACAUAUUUAAUAACAAAAAGGAAAAAAAAUAUUUACAACAAAAGUGCAAGUUUGAGUCAAAAGCAUUUUGCUUAUCUAGGACUCUCACUUGCGAACACACACAGAAAUAAGAAUAAAAAUAAAGCAUUUGGUCAAACGUUUGGUAGGAAGAAACGAUUCGUAUCGAUUAUAUAUUUCUGAACAGCGGCGAAAUAUCUUCGAUUUAUCUGCAAUCUUACUUCUCCAGAGCCGUGUAAACAAAGUUUAAGCUUUCCAUACUGACCACUGUUUAACCAUACGCUCCCCAACAGUUGCACAGCACGAGUAAAUAAUACAGUUCCCUGAGCAGCAUAUCGUGGACAUAAAAUGAAAUAGUAAAGCACAGAUUCCUCACGAUACCCACUCGCACAACUUGGUAAUAACUUGCAUUUUAUCUGGAAUAAAUAACUAUUUAAGCCCGAAUUAAAAUCGAAGUCAAAGACGAAUAUGUAAAAUUGAAGCGUGUCUUGUUAAUGAAUACUUAUAUAAAUGGCAUGGUGUAAAAUUUUCAAAAUAUACGUUUGAGUGCAAGUUUUAAUUGGAUUUCAAGUAGAUCCUACCUGUUUAACCAUCAUUUAACGUAUUUUGUCCAAAUUCGGCGUCAUUUUGUCAUCCCGUUCGGUUGUGCACAUUUCGGCCUCGUUCUUCUUCCAUCGAAGAAGGAUAAGAAGUGAUAAUGACAAAUUUAACCCUUUGUCAAGUGUAUUAAAAUAAAAAUACAAUAAAAAAAUGCGAAAUGCAGCAUUUUAUCACCCUGUAAGAUGUUGCUUACGAGUCUUUCAAAACAUUCCGUAUAAAUCUCACGUGGGAAAGUAACAGGGACAUGACAGGGGGGGGGGGGGGGGUCAAAACGAGGCUGACAAAAAUUGAAAAGUUGAAAGAUAUAAAACACGAAUACGAAAGCUCGAGAAAACUGGCAAGAAACACACAAAAAGACGUAUAGUUUCAGUAAAAGUGUACAUGCUUUUUUUAUAAAUAUGAUAGCAUAGAAGGUUUGAAUAAAAACUCUUAUGCCUGGUGUUUUGGCUUUGGUUUUGACAAAAUCAGUUGCUCCUGAGUCCUGACAACGACAUGUUCAUGUUCAUUACCAAACAAAAACAUAUAAAAAUGAAUCUGUUUUAAUUUAAUCAUCGUUUUUCUACUAAAAGGACGUUGGAAAAGGUAUGUUGUUUGGAUAUUUUUGUAUUUUUUCUUCUCGUCUCAGGAUAAUACAGUAUGCUUGAAAAAAGUGCUUUUAAACACAAACUUUUAUUUUGUUUACAAUAAUUAUUUAUAUCAGUGAAAAAUGCAUGACACAAAUGGGUAGAGAAUAUAUUCCUGACUUGUUUUUACUGCUGCAGUUACAAUUUCUGUUUAAUUAAUAUUAUUAAAUUAAGCUGUAAUUUUUUCGCAUUUAAGUGGCCGAAUACAUGAGCAUUUACAAAAUAUGUAGUUUAAUCGACGUAAAGUUUUAUUCAUGUAAAAUAUAAACUUUCCGACUUGCAGUCACAUUUCUAUCAAAAUAUUGUGAUAACUGGUGAACAUUGUGCUUCGCAUGAAGUGUUUAGGGCUUGAUGCAAUUCAUUUUUGUAUUCUGACUAUAGUUAGGCUAUGUUUUUCAAAUAUGUUUGGCAGAUUUUUUCGUUUAAAAAUUGUUUCACUCCUCGGUUUUUAGCGCGAAAUCCAGAGCGGGCAGUUUCAUUUCAAAGCGGGCAGUUUCAUUUCAAAGCGGGCAGUUGCGUUUCAGAGCGACCCGGAUGCAAAGAAAUGGCACGCUCUGAAAGGCUUUCAGCCAAUUAGUUUGCUUCAUUUUCACUGAUAAAAAAUAAAUGAAGAUAUUACUGCUCUGUUAAUGGUUGGUUUCAGUGCAUUUAAUCCCAAAUAGCAGUGCAACUUUUUGUAAUCAAAGUGCAUUUUUCUGUAAUCACAGGGCAAGAAUCUGUAACAAACUGAUCUGAUUGGUGAAAAAACAUUGUGCUGAUUAAACCAACCAAUCAGUUUAAAGCAAUUUGUUUAAAGAAGUAACGGUCACAUGCAGAUUGCUUCAAAUCAAAACAAACGUGGCACCGCGCUACAUAAAGUAAAAGUUGCCUUCGCGUGGAAAAUUUACCGUAUUUACCGUAAACAAGACUAACAAAAAUUACAUAGUUGAGUGGAAUUUUCAAGGUGUUAGCGUUGUAUAAUGUGAUAUAACAAAGCCAUGAAAAUUUUGCCAGUGGAAUGUUCGCAAUAAACGCGUAUAAAGUUAAAACUACAAUUGUCUUGAACAUUUUCAUGUAAGGGAUCGUUCAUUAUUUAUGAUUCAGGGGGGCACCAAAGAGAAAUAAAAAUUGGCUACUUUUUUUAAUUACCCAACCAUUUUCGAAGUAUAAUUUUGUUUUACCCAACCCUUAUGCAACUCAAGAUUUGUAUGGUUAGAAACAGCUUGUUUUUCAUAUAAAAUUACUUGUUUGAUACAUAAACGUGAACAUUGAAUUCCAAAACUCUUUUUACUCAAGUAAAGAAAUUUGAAAAAUUCAAAUGAAGGACACAUACCAGAGGGUUCCUAUUCAAUAAAGGCAAAUUUUUCCUUUACCCACCCUUUCUAUAUACCAAGUUAUUGGUUACCCACCCUAUUUCUCUUCGGUCCCCCCUGAGGCAUAAAUAAUGAACGGCCCUAAAUUAUUAAUAAGUUAUUGCAUGGUUUCUCGUGAAGUAAACAUGGACUCCUGAGUUUUUCAAAGAUUUCAAAUAGACUCGUCCUUCGGACUCGUGCUAUUUUGAGGUCUUUUCAAAACUCACUCGUGCAUGUUAUAUCCAAAAUGUACUCAAAACCAUGCUAUUACUUAUACUUAUUGCCUGAUUGCAGGUUACUUACGUUACGGACCCGUGAUUAAGGACCAGAAAUACUGAAUGGGUUUUUUUUCAUAUCAAUGGUUUAGAAAUAUUUUCAUGAGGUGAAUGAUGGAUUUCCCUGCACUUUACGACGCGAUGUGAUACGAAAUGGUGUAAACGGAUAUUUUUUCUCGAAUUUUAAAUCAAUUAAAUAAACAAAAUACAUACCAUACGAGAUGAUUUUAUUUGUACAAAUAAUCGUUAUUAACAUUAUCAUGAAAAUAAUGUGCUUCUAUUGAAAUUCAUUUAUUUCUGUAUGAAAAGCAUAGUUGAAUGACCUACAAUCACAAUAUUGAAUCAUUGAAUUUAAAUAAACUUUAUCGUUUGAUAGUACUCGUACUAUUUGCGCCGUAGCAGCAACAUUAUGUAUUAGUACAAAUUCUGCAUAUUAAAUGAGCUUUCGUGCGUUCUGAUUGACUACUUGACUAGUAAAUCUGACGCAUUGUUUACUAACAGACCAGCAAUAAUGAUGUUCAAAAAGAACGAUUCGGCAAAUUUGGUUUCAAAAUCGACAACAAAUUUUAAAAUUGUCCCCAGAGAAUGAAAGAAGCACAAAAUGUUGUAAUUAAUUAACUUGAAAGAUAAGAUUCCUUCAUUAUUUUACUAUGUAAACAUAUUCACUGACAAUUUAAAACUUAUUUAAAACUCCAAAACAAUCACUUGAAAGAAAUGCUAAAACUAUCUCGACUGUUGGGAAACGACUUGACGUGAUAUCCUUUUAAACUAAUUUUGUUUUGUAUCCUAUAGUUUUCUCAAUUUGUGCUAAACCAUUUCUUUUGAUAUGUCAUAUUUUAAUUGUGCUGUAUGGUGUUCUUGGCGCUUUAUUGUGUUUUUUAAACUUUUAACGUGAAAAGUGUUAUUAAAAUUUUGUUUCGAACGAUAUAGUUUUACAUUUCAUUUUACUAAAUUUAUCAGGCAUUUCCAGAAAAAAUUAAAGGUUGAACAGAAACGUACCAUUUAAUUCUAAGUCUGGCGAAAAAGCAUUUGAUUAUGCAGAAAUCGAGAAAAACAACUUUGUAAUAAAGCCAUUUUGAAAGCGUGCGCGUACACAAGAAACACUGCAACACUAUUAGUGACAGUAAUUGUGAACAGGACGAAAACAGUUUUAUUUCUGAAUUUUAAUUGAAAUGAUAUUUGGAUAUUAUAACUCCCUCUCAAGGAAUAUUCGCCACUAACCUUAACGGUAAUCACUUCGCCUUCGGCGAAUAAUUGUACUUUAACAUGCAUGUUACGUUUAACAUGUUAAAUGGUUGACGUCCAAUACGCGGUAGAAGAAUGGGAAUUUUGAUGCCAUAACGCAUGUUUAUAAUCAGCCAAUUAAAUGUCCAGAAUUUAAUGAGGUAUAUAUUACAUUAAAAGUAAUGAACAACACUUUCACAUUUUGUAAUCAUACAUAACAUAAUUGUAGGAACGAAUACCAAAUAAAUAUUUAUGAAUUUUCGUGAAAAAGUCACACUAAUGAGAAUUUCUUGCAUCGUAUAACUAGCCUUAUACCGUUAGUUCUAGUUAUCUAGAGCUUAUCGUGUCUUUCUCUCUAGUCGAAAAGGAAUGUCCCAAGUGUUUCUCAGUCGAUGAUUUUGAAGAUCUCUUUGACAAAAAUAUCAACUGUUCUAGUUACCGUGAGUAUAUUAUUAUCAGCUCCAUUGUUAUCUUUUCCUACUAUACGUUAUUUUACAUCAUCCUAAUUAUCCAGCUCGAAUAAACAUAAUCCUAUUACAUGAGUAAUGCGUACAGCGUCAACAGCCUUUUUUGCCAGAUAAAGUAUGUUUGGGCGACAUAAAUUAUUCUAGACGAGCAUGCCCCCAAAACGUAUGACCUAUUUGAGCCACCCAUUCCCCACAAAAAAAGGAAGCAAAAGCCAAACAAACAAAUAUUUGCUUCUGACAACCGUAACAACAAUCGAAUUCAAAAAUGGAUAAUGAAAGAUGAAAUCGUCUAUUUGUUAUUUCAGUAACACGUGUUAAAUCUAUUGGUGGUUUAAUGAAAGUGAAGAAAGCCUAUAUUAAAGCUUACGAUGCUGUAGAAUAUGCAACGAUGCCCUAUGUAAUACCAGAAUUCUGUCAGUGUGACGAAAUCAACAACGGUGUGGCGUCAUUGGUAUUUGGACAAAGUGACUAUUUCCGAACGAACGGAAAGGAAAUCUCCCUCGUGCUCGACUCUGGUACAACAGUUGCCAAGUGGGAUGGUAAGAAAAUGAGAAAUAUAUUCAGAGAGAAGAUGGUGCAGGAAAUUUACCGGAAAUGCUCGCGUUUUUUCGAAGGCUAUAGUUAAUUGGAUGUUCAACGAGGACUGGAAUUUACCUUUACAUUUUUUGACUUUUGAUUAAAUAUAUGGGUUUUGAUUAAAUUUGUCUUGCAUGUAUUUGUCUUUGAAAUGAAAAUAAAUAAUCUCAGAUUUGCA